ACAAGACGUCGGACAAACGCGUCGUUCUUUGUGUCGAGAGUUUUCAGAGCGCACACUCUCUUCUACUGCCAACCUCUGGACUACAUUCCCAUGGAGCUGACAAUGAUAACAGUUGUAGUUGGCCUAAUGGUGAUGGGUGAGUGGUGGUAGUGUGAGUGGUAGUGGUGUGAGUGGUAGUGGUGUGUGUGUGUGUGUGUGUGUGUGUGUGUGUGUGUGUGUGGGGGGGGGAUACUCACUGGGGUGGAUUUUUUUUCGUUUUGUUUUUGAGUGUCUCUCUUUUCCGCCCUCAUUCUCUCUUUCUCUCAUUCUCUCUUUCUCUCUUUCUCUCUUUCUCCCUUUCUCUCAUUCUCUCUUUCUCUCAUUCUCUCUUUCUCUCAUUCUCUCUUUCUCUCAUUCUCUCUUUCUCUCAUUCUCUCUUUCUCUCAUUCUCUCAUUCUCUCUUUCUCUCUUUCUCUCAUUCUCUCUUUCUCUCAUUCUCUCUUUCUCUCAUUCUCUCUUUCUCUCAUUCUCUCUUUCUCUCAUUCUCUCUUUCUCUCAUUCUCUCUUUCUCUCAUUCUCUCUUUCUCUCAUUCUCUCUUUCUCUCAUUCUCUCAUUCUCUCUUUCUCUCAUUCUCUCUUUCUCUCAUUCUCUCUUUCGCUAUUUUUUUUUAUUUUUUAUUCGGCGAUUUUGCUAAAACUGAGUUUCGCUUUAUAAAAAUUUUUUCUUAUUACUUGAUGUUCACAUUCACAUGCUUAAAAAUACGUGUUCGUAACACAUGUUCAUAAUACAUGUUCACAAUACAUGUUCACAAUACGUGUUCACAAUACGUGUUCACAAUACGUGAACAGAAUACGUGAACACAAUACGUGAACACAAUACGUGAACACAAUAAAUAUUCAUAUCAUUAUCAUGUACGCGUGUUCCUGCGUAAAGAAUUUAUUUAUAUAACUGAAGAUAAACAAUAAAAAUCAGUAGAAGUUCGUUCAAAAUUGAAAGUGGUCAUUUCAAGUGGAGGAAUUUUUUAAUUGUAGAUAACAUUUAAUCAUCUUUUCUUCUACCCCCCCCCCCCUUUUUCGCCCCCCACACAACUUGUUACAAACAUGGAAACAUUCAAUGAAAUGCUCUUCUUGUGGGUAUAGUUUCGAUACCCCGGUCCCCAUAUGGGUAUAUUUUCGAUACCUGGUCCCCAUAUGGGUAUAGUUUCGAUACCCCGGUCCCCAUAUGAGUAUAGUUUCGAUACCCCGGUCCCCAUAUGGGUAUAGUUUCGAUACCUCGGUCCCCAUAUGGGUAUAGUUUCGAUACCCCGCUCCCCAUAUGGGUAUAGUUUCGAUACCCCGGUCCCCAUAUGAGUAUAGUUUCGAUACCCCGGUCCCCAUAUGGGUAUAGUUUCGAUACCCCGGUCCCCAUAUGAGUAUAGUUUCGAUACCCCGGUCCCCAUAUGGGUAUAGUUUCGAUACCCCGGUCCCCAUAUGAGUAUAGUUUCGAUACCCUGGUCCCCAUAUAGGUGUAGUUCCGAUACCCCGGUCCCCAUAAUAAGUGUUUAAUUGUCUAUUCAACACAACCAUUGAUUCCCAAAAUAAACUAUUCUAAAAUUACAUUUAAGUCUGACACGAAGCCAUCAUUAAUACGUUCAAUGAUAAUGUGACGUGUUUGUGUUAGUGGACUUUGUGUGCUCACCGAUGUGAUAUAUUUAUACAGAAUUUCCACAUCAUCCAUCCAUCUCAGCCCAGAUCUGCCUUGUUUACCCUCUGGGGUUUUGGUGGUUCACACUCUUCACUGUUCUUUCAUUUGGCAUCCUUUAUAAGUGUCCCAGCCAGCGUAACCUACCCCUUUUUAUUUCUGCUUACACUAGUGUGCGGUGCCUCAUGCUAUAGACUGUACAAUUCAUGGUUGGUUCGUAUCCUCCAUCAAGAUACAUCCUUUGUUGGUCCAUCCAUUUUCCGGAGAACUUUUCUCUCCCAUGCGUUUAAUAUGUUCUCUGCCGUUUUUUUGUUAGGGCCAUAGUUUCACUUGCGUAUGUUACAACUGGUCUGAUUACAGUUUUAUAAAUAGUUUAGUUGUUUUACUUGUAAUGGUUUUACUUUUGAGCAUUUUCUGACUACUGAAGCUUGCCCUGUUUCCGGCUGAUAUUCGUUCUGUUAUUUAUGCUGGUAAUUCGUUUCUUUCAUUUAAUAAAGAUACUAGAUAUUUGAAUUGAUUUAUUUUUUUCAAAAGUCUGGUUUCUAAUUUUAAUGGCUUCAUCUGUCUGUUCUUCUCUUAACAUUAUAGUCAUGUAUUUUUAAAUUAUUAUUUUUUGUGUUGUUAACUUCCUGCCCUGCUCGUAGUGAUGCGUCUUCUAAUUCAAUAAAAGAUUUUGAAAUGUUUUAACUACUUUUCCCUAAAAGUGCUAUGUCAUCAGCAUAUGCAAGAUACUGAAGGGGUUGAUUGUACAGAGUGCCCAUUGGUAAUUGGUCUUGGGUUUACCUCAGAAAGAAUCCUGUUAUUGUUGUUCAGGUGUCAAUAUGUAUGCUUCUUAUAGCUCUCUCCAAUGUUAGGUAACAUAACAAACAAGACAGUGAGUCUCAAUGUCUUAGGCCUCGUCUAAUAAUUCCCUUUAAAUACCCCCCCCCCCCCCCUGGAACCGUGAUUUGCUCUAUGAUUUGUUAAAUGUUACAUGUAUCAGUCUUAUCAGUUUUUGUUGGGUAUGCCAAACUCCUGCAGAGUAUCAUAUAUGUAUUUUCUUUUGCUGCUGUCGUAGGCCAUUUUAUAGUCCACAUAGAGUUGAUGUUCUGGGAUAUUAUAUUCGUUAAAUUUCUCUAAUAGGCAUCUGAUGGUGAAAAUCGGACGAGUCGUUGAUCUGUUUUGUCUGAAUGCACAUUGGUAGUCACCUAGUAUUUGUUCUGAAUGCACAUUGGUAGUCACCUAGUAUUUGUUCUGAAUGCACAUUGGUAGUCACCUAGUAUUUAUUCUGAAUGCACAUUGGUAGUCACCUAGUAUUUGUUCUGAAUGCACAUUGGUAGUCACCUAGUAUUUGUUCUGAAUCCACAUUGGUGGUCACCUAGUAUUUGUUCUGAAUGCACCUUUGUAGUCACCUAGUAUUUGUUCUGAAUGCACAUUGGUAGUCACCUAGUAUUUGUUCUGAAUGCACAUUGGUAGUCACCUAGUAUUUGUUCUGAAUGCACCUUGGUAGUCACCUAGUAUUUGUUCUGAAUCCACAUUGGUGGUCACCUAGUAUUUGUUCUGAAUGCACAUUGGUAGUCACCUAGUAUUUGUUCUGAAUGCACAUUGGUAGUCACCUAGUAUUUGUUCUGAAUGCACCUUGGUAGUCACCUAGUAUUUGUUCUGAAUCCACAUUGGUGGUCACCUAGUAUUUGUUCUGAAUGCACAUUGGUAGUCACCUAGUAUUUGUUCUGAAUGCACAUUGGUAGUCACCUAGUAUUUGUUCUGAAUGCACCUUUGUAGUCACCUAGUAUUUGUUCUGAAUGCACCUUUGUAGUCACCUAGUAUUUGUUCUGAAUGCACAUUGGUAGUCACCUAGUAUUUGUUCUGAAUGCACCUUUGUAGUCACCUAGUAUUUGUUCUGAAUGCACAUUGGUAGUCACCUAGUAUUUGUUCUGAAUGCACAUUGGUAGUCACCUAGUAUUUGUUCUGAAUGCACCUUUGUAGUCACCUAGUAUUUGUUCUGAAUGCACAUUGGUAGUCACCUAGUAUUUGUUCUGAAUGCACAUUGGUAGUCACCUAGUAUUUGUUCUGAAUGCACAUUGGUAGUCACCUAGUAUUUGUUCUGAAUGCACAUUGGUAGUCACCUAGUAUUUGUUCUGAAUGCACAUUGGUAGUCACCUAGUAUUUGUUCUGAAUGCACAUUGGUAGUCACCUAGUAUUUGUUCUGAAUGCACAUUGGUAGUCACCUAGUACUUGUUCUGUGUACGCUCGUAGUCUUUUGACAAUUAUUUUUGUUAGUGUUUUUGUAUGUAAUAUUUAAUAGGGAGAUUCCUCUGUAGUUUUUACACUAGAGUUUGGAGCCUUUCUUGUGUAUUUUGGGUUAUUAGUGCGCUUUCCCAUUCUGUUUGAAUUUUUUUUCUUCUUGUCAAAUUUUAGUUAUAAGUCUAUGUGUCUGACUGUGUAGUUUAAUAUUUAAUAAGUUCUGCCGUGAUGAGGUCUUCUCCAGGGGCUUUGUGGUUUUUCACAGAGUUGAUUUCUUCUGUAGUUUCUUCUGGGUAGAGGAGUUUAUUAAAUGGUCUUGUCCUCCAUGUGGUGGUUUAUAAUCUUCUUCUUAUUCAUUGUCAGCCCAGAUCUCCAGUACUUUACUAUUUCCCGUCAUUAAUAAACCCGACUCUCACACAUUUGAGGUCUGGUAUCCACUCUUUUCAUCUUUUUAUCUUCAUCUACAUUCCUCUCAUGUUUCCCUCUCUUGAUAAGUCCUCUAUUUCUUUUAGCUCCGCUUUUUUCCCAUUCUCUCUUUUUCUUUCUACACUUUUUUGUGGCUUUCCUCCUGGCUUCCUUGUAGGUUUGUCUUGUCUUCUGGUUUCCCUUGUAUCAUGCUCAUUCGUGCCUUGUUCCUUUCUUCGACAGUCUCUCUGAAUUCAGUAUCAAGCCAGCCUAAUCUAUUGUCAGGUUGCUGGAAUCCUGCGACUUUUUUCUGCUCAUCUUUUCAUAGCUUUUUAAAAAAAAAAUCCUUUCCCACUGUUCAUUUAUGUUGUUUUCCCUGUUGACUUCCUCCUGUGAUACUUCUAGUUGUGCUUCUAUUUCACUUUGGUAAGCUUCUUCAUUUAGUAGAUAUUUGGUAAGCUUCUUCAGUUAGUAGGUAUUUUGUAAGCUUCUUCAGUUAGUAGGUAUUUGGUAAGCUUUUUCAGUUAGCGAGUCUUUGUUAUUCUUUUUCAGUUAGUUGGUAAGCUCUUGGUAAUCAUGUCGUUUUUCUCUUUGAUUUUGGCCAUUGUGUAUUAAGCUUAUUCUAUACUUAUAUUUAACCCUUACAAGUAGAUGGUCAGAGCCUGCAUCUGCUCCUCGAUGGCUUCUUACGUCUAGCACGUCUGAUCCAUGUCUCCGAUCGAUUAAGACAUGGUCAAUUUGUGUGUGAGUGAUUCCAUCCGUUGAGUUCAAAGUAAUUGUAUGUAUAUUUUCGUGUGGAAACUUGGUGCCACUAACUGCCAUCCAUUUCCCUGAAGCAAAGUCUGUGAGUCGGAUCACAUUGUCAUUGGAUUCUCCACGCAGAUUUCCCUUGCCAAUAGUUGGCGUCAACACUUUUCCCCCCCCCCCCCAUUUUGGCAUUAAAGUCGCCAAUCACUAUUUUAAUAUCAUGUCAUCGUGCCUCAUCUUAGAUCCUUUCAAGUGUCUCAUAAAAGGAUUAUUUUAUCUGGUGGGGGCAGGAAUAUUUAUAAAUGUUAUAUUUAACAUUUUCCCACGCAUACGCAAAGAGCUCAAUCUGUUAUUUUCUGCUUUAAAACCUAUGACUGCCACUGCCUGCUUCUUUGUUCACAGAAUUUCAUCCUGUUCCGUGAGUGUUAGUGUUGAAUGCUAUUUAUAAAAACAACAAUACUAAUAAUAAUGAAAUAUUAAUAAUAAUAUUAAAGUUAAUUAUUAAUAAUAUUAUUUCAUAGUAAUAAUAAUAAUAAUACUUAUUUAUAUCACAUUAAAAACAUUGAUCAAGCAAACUGAUAAAUAUACAAACACGAUGGUAAAAAAAAAAAAAAAACGAAACAAAACAUCCAUAUAGACUCUAGUCUAAAUUCUUGAAAAAUUAAAUAUUAAUAAUAUUAUUUCAUAGUAAUAAUAAUAAUAAUACUUAUUUAUAACACAUUAAAAACAUUGAUCAAGCAAACUGAUAAAUAUACAAACACGAUGGUAAAAAAAAAAAAAAACGAAACAAAACAUCCAUAUAGACUCUAGUCUAAAUUCUUGCAAUUAUUGUUUUUAAAAUAAAUUUUUAGACCAUAAUUCAUAGAUGAAGAAAUUCGUUGGGACAAUCAUUCGUUGAGACCAUCAUUCAUUGAGACAAUCAUUCGUUGAAACAAUCAUUCGUUGAGGCAAUCAUUCGUUUAGACAGCCAUUCGUUGAAACAAUCAUCCAUUCGGACAAUCAUUCGUUGAAACAAUCAUUCGUUGAGACAAUCAUUCGUUUAGACAGCCAUUCGUUGAGACCAUCAUCCUAUCGGACAAACAUUCGUUGAGACAAACAUUUUUUGAGAGAAUUUUUGUUGAGACAAUCAUCCGUUCGGACAAUCAUUCGUUGAAACAAUCAUUCGUUGAGAGACUCAUUUUUUGACACAACCAAUCGUUGAGACAAUCCUUCGUUGAGACAAUCAUCCGUUUUGACGAUCAUUCGUUGAGACAAUCAUUUGUUGAGACAAUGAUCCGUGGAACAAUCAUUGAUUGAGACAAUCCUGCGUUGAACAAUCAUUUGUUAAGACAAUUAUUAAUUGAACAAUCAUUCGUUGAGUCAAUCAUUCGUUGAGACAAUCAUUUAUUUGGUACGAUCAUUCGUUGAGACAAUCAUUUAUUUGGUACGAUCAUUCGUUGAGACAAUCAUUUAUUUGGUACCAUCAUUCGUUGAGUCAAUCAUUCGUUGGCGAAUACAUUUUUCGAGCUAUACAUAUUCUUUGAGAAAGGUUAAUUGCGGUACGGUGUUAUUUUUGUGUUUAAUUGACACCCAGGAAAAUGAGCGCCCUCUUAACAACUUAUAAUUGUUGUUAUUUCAUUCCAGACCCCCUCCCCCCCCCCAUGUUAUUUUAGUGCACACAUUUUUAGCUCCCCUGGACUCACCUUUAAAAAAUAAUUUAAUUAACAUGAUACUUAGUUUUGUGUGUUGCUAUGGUGAUUUGUGUGUUUUGUGUGUUGCUAUAGUGAUUGCUUGUGUUGUGUGUUGCUAUUGUGAUUUAUGUAUGUUGUGUGUUGCUAUACUGAUUUCUCCGUGUUGUGCGUUGCUAUAGUGAUUGUUGUGUGUUGUGUGUUGCUAUAGUGAUUUAUAUGUGUUGUGUGUUGCUAUACUGAUUUCUCUGUGUUGUGCGUUGCUACAGUGAUUUUUGUGUGUUGUGGGUAGCUAUGGCGAUUACGAUAGCCAUUUUACUUUUCAAAUAUGUAUAUAUUCCCGUCAUUGUAGGGUCUGGUUGCCAGGCAACAGUUUGUGAGGACACAGAUCCCGAUUGUGCCAGAUUGGACUUGGAGAGAAAUAUUUGCGGAAACCCGUUUGAUGCCAUCAUGCAUUGCGCCAAGUACUGCGGACAUUGUCCAGGUUUGUACUUCUAGACCACGCAUGUCCUUUAGACACGCGGUCCCCAAAUGACGGUCCGCGGCAGACCUUUAUCGGCCCGCAUGCCUCACGCUGUCGGUCCCCAUAACAUAAAUAUUUAUUGUUAAAUAGAAAUAAAAGUAAAAUAACUAAAUCAUGCACCGGUCCGCUGCUUUAGAUUGCACAAACUAGAGUGGCGGCAUUUGUGGUGGGCCGGGGUUCAUGGGACCCGGCCUCCUUCACCCCUGUUGCGUAUUUACUUAUAUAUGUCAGUUUUAUAGGAUACACGCUUGUUAAACAUACGAUAUGAUAGUUUCUUUGUUCUUUUCUUUUUUUUUAAAUGCCACUCUCAAAAGCUGAACUGCCAAUUUCUGGGCUGGUACCCCCCCUCCCCCCAAUUCUAGCGUUUCCAUUCUUGAAAUGUUGUUGGUCUCCUGCUGACGUAGUCCUUCUUGACUCCACUGACAUCUGAUCUGGUCAGUCUAGUUUUCUAAAAUCAUUCAGACUCAAUGGAGCUGUUAUCUUACAUCCCCUUCCCCAGCAUCAGGGCCGGCAAUCGUAUCAUUUUGCGAGGACAGUGACCCCGGCUGUCCGACCUACGCCAACCCCCGGUCGUGUGCCCUGGAGCUGACCAGAAGAUCUUGUCCCAAGUCUUGUCACGUCUGCGGUAAGUUAGCAUGGAGACACGAGUGGUGAUGUUGUUGAUGUUUAGUGGAGAUAUUGUUGAUGUUUAGUGGAGAUGUUGUUGAUGUUUAGUGGAGAUGUUGUUGAUGUUUAGUGGAGAUGUUGUUGAUGUUUAGUGGAGAUAUUGUUGAUGUUUAGUGGAGAUGUUGUUGAUGUUUAGUGGAGAUGUUGUUGAUGAUUUGGCAAAUGAUCAUCUUUGACUUGGAUUUUAGAAAAAAAUAAAUAAAUAAAACUUGUUGCCCCUCCCCCCCCCCGGCCACCACACACACACAAAAUUAAAUAACAAAACAUUUCUUUCAAUGAAUUGUUUAAAAGCAAUGAAACAAACAAAAUGAAUUUUCGAAACAUUUCUUAAAAUUCAAGGCAAUCUGAUUUGAAAUAAAUGUAUAAUAAACUUAAUUAUUUUUCAUUGAUGUUAUAAAAUGAUUUCUGUCCAUAAUUUCUGGCAUAAAGCGUUGAUAGCUGUGUGUGUGUGUGUGUGUGUGAAUGUGUGAAAAGGAGUUUGAAUGUGAAGCGAAUUUGGUACCGUGUGACGGUGUGAGUAGUGUGUCUGAGCACGGGUUGUGUGUUUCUGUGUGUGUGUUUCUGUGUGUGUCUGAGCAGGGGUUGUGUUUCUGUGUGUGUCUGAGCAGGGGUUGUGUGUUUCUGUGUGUGUCUGAGCAGGGGUUGUGUGUUUCUGUGUGUGUAUGAGCAGGGGUUGUGUGUUUCUGUGUGUGUCUGAGCAGGGGUUGUGUGUUUCUGUGUGUCUGAGCAGGGGUGGUGUGUGUGUGUGUGUGUCUGAGCAGGGGUGGUGUGUUUCUGUGUGUGUCUGGGCUGUGGUUGUGUUUCUGUGUGUGUGUGAGUUGGGGUUGUGUGUGUCUGUGUGUGUCUGAGCAGGGGUUGUGUGUUUCUGUGUGUGUAUGAGCAGGGGUUGUGUGUUUCUGUGUGUGUCUGAGCAGGGGUUGUGUGUUUCUGUGUGUCUGAGCAGGGGUUGUGUGUGUCUGUGUGUGUCUGAGCAGGGGUUGUGUGUUUCUGUGUGUAUCUGAGCAUGGGUUGUGUGUGUUUCUGUGUGGGUCUGACCAGGGGUUGUGUGUUUCUGUGUGUAUCUGAGCACGGGUUGUGUGUUUCUGUGUGUGUGUGUGCGUACACUUGCUACACAGUGCACACAUCUUCCACAACAGGAACAUUGCCCCCCCCCCAAAUCUUCUGCCCCCCCCCCAUCACGUGACAGGCCACUCUGCUCCUAAAACUUCCCAAGUUUAAAUUUAUAUCUCCUGGGAUUGUCAUCUUUCUGACACAGAAGGUCGAGCAUUGAGAUUUAUGCCCGAAAGAGGCCUGUAUGGGUUAUGCUCUGACCUAUAUUUCUGUUCAUGCCGGACUAGACUUUGGGAUAAAUUACGACUCUUAUAAAUUUAAACUACGACUCUUAUAAAUUUCAACUACAACUCGUAUAAAUUUAAACUACGACUCGUAUAAAUUUAAACUACGAUUCAUAAAUAACUUUAAACUACGACUCUUAUAAAUUUAAACUACGACUCUUAUAAAUUGAAACUACGACUCUUAUAAAUUGAAACUACGACUCUUAUAAAUUGAAACUAAAUUGAAACUACGACUCUUAUAAAUUGAAACUACGACUCUUAUAAAUUGAAACUACGACUCUUAUAAAUUGAAACUACGACUCUUAUAAAUUGAAACUACGACUCUUAUAAAUUUCAACUACGACUCUUAUAAAUUUCAACUACAACUCGUAUAAAUUUAAACUACGACUCGUAUAAAUUUAAACUACGAUUCAUAAAUAACUUUAAACUACGACUCUUAUAAAUUUAAACUACGACUCUUAUAAAUUUAAACUACGACUCUUAUAAAUUUCAACCACAACUCGUAUAAAUUUAAACUACGACUCGUAUAAAUUUAAACUACGAUUCAUAAAUAACUUUAAACUACGACUCUUAUAAAUUUAAACUACGACUCUUAUAAAUUUAAACUACGACUCUUAUAAAUUGAAACUACGACUCUUAUAAAUUGAAACUAAAUUGAAACUACGACUCUUAUAAAUUGAAACUACGACUCUUAUAAAUUGAAACUACGACUCUUAUAAAUUGAAACUACGACUCUUAUAAAUUGAAACUACGACUCUUAUAAAUUGAAACUACGACUCUUAUAAAUUGAAACUACGUCUCUUAUAAAUUUAAACUACGACUCUUAUAAAUUUAAACUACGACUCUUAUAAAUUGAAACCACGCCUCUUAUAAAUUUAAGCAAAGAAACGGUCGAGCGGAAUCCCAUGAUAUCGUUGUGAAGUAAACAAUGACAGGCGCGAGUAAUCCCUCCAUGAAAAUGGGUUAAAGUGGCUUUCAAGGGACCAAAUUAUCAGCGUACAGGUUGCGUCUAAUUCCGUUAUACGAAACUAAAAAAAGUCGUUAAGUAUAACAUACUAGUUUAUAGCUCGCUUAACUUAACAUCGGUGACAGCAAUGCGUGAACUUCCCAUCAACUAAAGUCACUUGACGAAACAUGAACUCAAGUAACGUACAUUUAAGAAUCCCAAUUAUUUGCUUACCCUCCCCCCUUGAUACGCCACUGCACAAUUUGUUUCAGGCCCAUAAAACUAUAUUAAUAUUCUGAUGUCCUACCCACAUUUUAAACCGAAUAUUUAUUACACCAUAUUUAAAUUAAGAGGAUUUCAUUGUCCGAAAAGAAAAGAAAAUAUUACGCACCAAACGCAGUUGCGUUAUUUAAAAACUAAAAAUUCAAGUAAAUGUGAGCAUUUUGUGUAAUUUCAACGCUAAAAAUGCAAUAAUUAUGUCUCUGAAUUCUAUUUAAUAACUUUGUUCUGCUGUUGCUAAUCAAGGAUGAGUAGUUCUUACCGUUAAUGCGAUUCUUUUUUAUAAUCGAACAUUUGUCUGCGAGCCAGAUGCAGCCAUCAAUAGAGCCUCAUCUGGCUCGCGAGCCAUAGGUUCCCGACCCCUGAUAGAAGAGAUUAUAUAAAUGUUAUUUAUUUAUAAAAUGAUGUGGGAAAUCUGGUUUGGUUGGUACAGCUCAAGACUAGAGGUUGGUUGGUACUGCUGGAGACUAGAGGUUGGUUGGUCCAGAUGGAGACUAGAGGUUGGUUGGUACAGCUGGAGACUAGAGGUUGAUUGGUACAGCUGGAGACUAGAGGUUGGUUGGUACAGCUGGAGACUAGAGGUUGGUUUGUACAGCUGGAGACUAGAGGUUGGUUGGUACAGCUGGAGACUAGAGGUUGGUUGGUACAGCUGGAGACUAGAGGUUGGUUGGUACAACUGGAGACUAGAGGUUGGUUGGUACGGCUGGAGACUAGAGGUUGGUUGGUACGGCUGGAGACUAGAGGUUGGUUGGUACAGCUGGAGACUAGAGGUUGGUUGGUACGGCUGUAGACUAGAGGUUGGUUGGUACAGCUGGAGACUAGAGGUUGGUUGGUACGACUGGAGACUAGAGGUUGGUUGGUACAGCUGGAGACUAGCGGUUGAUUGGUACGGCUGGAGACUAGAGGUUGAUUGGUACAGCUGUUAUUACAUAGAUGACCCGACAAAAGAGACACCCUCGGUGUCAAGGGUAUGAGAAUCACUGUUGAUAGUAUGAUUGCUGUUUGGGCCAUGAGUUGUGCCAUGAGCGUCUAAUAUUGUGUCUGAAUAACCAUUGGUGGACAGGAAAAUAAAAAUGAACAAGUGUGUGGAUAUUUGAAGGCUUGGGGUAGAGAGAGUGGUUGAGAGUUGAGAGAGAGAGAUAGAGAGAGUGGUUGAGAGAGAGAGAGAGAGAGAGAGAGUGGUUGAGAGAGAGAGUGGUUGAGAGAGAGAGAGGUGAAAAAGGAGAUCAGACGUUCGUGAGUGAUAGCUCAUGUGUUCUGGUUAGAAUGUGUAGUCCAUAAGAAGAUACUAUAACCAGGAGAAUCUGCAGGACAAUAUACACGUAACUAGGAAGAACCUCUGGUCAUUCAUAAAGUGUUUGUGUUCCACUAUUGGGUGUGCCCGGGUCUGCGCUGAUCGACAGUGUUGUAGAGUACUAUAGACAAACGUCAAAAAUUACUGAAGAUGCUCGACUGGAGUAAUGGAGUAUUUUAACACUCCGGUCAUUUCACAGUUGACCUAACACAAGAGACACCCUUAGGUCAUUUCAAAGUUAGCCUUACACAAGAGACACCCUUAGGUCAUUUCAUAGUUGGCUUGAGACAAGAGACACCCAUAGGUCAUAUCAUAGUUGGCUUGAGACAAGAGACAACCUUAGGUCAUUUUAUAGUUGGCCUGAAACAACCUUAGGUCAUUAUAUAGAAGGUCCAACACAAGAGACACCCUUAAGUCAUUUCAUAGUUGGCUUGAGACAAGAGAUAACCUUAGGUCAUUUCAUAGUUGGCCUGAAACAACCUUAUAGGUCAUUUUAUAGUUGGCCCGACACAAGAGACACCCCUAUGUCAUUUUAUAGUUGGCCCGACACAAGAUACACCCUUAGGUCAUUUCAUAGUUGGCCUGAGACAAGAGACAACUUUCGGUAAUUUCAUAUUUGGCCUGACACAAGAUACACCCUUAGGUCAUUUCAUAGUUGGCCUGAUACAAGAUACAUCCUUAGGUCGUUUCAUAGUUGGCCUGAGACAAGAGACAACUUUCGGUAAUUUCAUAUUUGGCCUGACACAAGAUACACCCUUAGGUCAUUUCAUAGUUGGCCUGAUACAAGAGACACCCUUAGGUCAUUUCAUAGUUGGCCUGAGACAAGAGACACCCUUAGGUCAUUUCAUAGUUGGCCUGAUACAAGAUACUCCCAUAGGUAAUUUUAUUGUUGCUUGUCUCACUUUGCUGUCCCCGUGGUGUCAUCGAAUAUCUUUUGACACACGGCUUUUUUGUGUGUUGAAUGAUCGUGUCUUUUAUUUUGAGUGACAGGUCAGCAGGGGGAGACGACCACGUCACCGAGCACAGGCACUCCCCAGACCCCACCACCUUUUGUGGAGGCCAGGUUUGACGUAAUGAACAGCAGACACGCAGGGACGCAUACAGCUUUGUUGGAAAUACCCGGUGAGCAGUGACCAGUCCCAUAAGUGAGGAAUGCCAGAAGUCUGUGUUCUGUCAUAACAAAACUUUAGUCUUGUGUAUGGUCAUCGAUGUCCUUUAUGUGAUGAGGCAUCCCUGGUAUGAGCGAUUGGUCUUUAUACAUAUUACAACCCCCCCCCACACACACACCCGUUUAAAACAUGAAUUUCCCCCCUCUCAGACCCCAGGUGCCAGGAUGUUGACCAUCACUGCAACAGUUUCAUUCACCUCAAUGACUGCAUCAACGACCCCCUCACCAGACUCCUGUGUCAGCGAUCAUGUGACCUGUGUCCCUAUG